AUGUCCUAUUUCAUGUCUCUGCAAACUCAUCCAGGCCUUCUGCCUUCCGGCCAAGGUGAGACUGCUUCUCCAGGCUCAGCUCUUGGCCCCUAUAGUCCUGUAGAGCCAGCGGUGGUGGGCUCUGGUGGACGAGGGCCCCUGAACCAGAACGCUGAGCAGGUGCUCCCUGCUGCCCAGGCCUGGGGCCCAGCGCUGCCAGUGCCAGAAGCCAGGGGCUGUCUUAGGGGGCCUAGCUGGGAGACACUGCGGCAGAAGGAGUACGGCCAGUACUGCCCCCGGUUCCCAAGGUUCCACGCGAAGCAGCCGGAGAGCUUGGGCUGGGAGGAUGGCUGCUCCAGAAGCAGAGCUCCCCACCUGGCUGGAUCCGGCAGGCCUGGGUCCCUGCUGCUGCGUGGGCUGUCACCAGGGGUUGUGCCAGUGCCCGCCGAGGCAGGGGGGAAGGAGGCCGGCUCCCAGCCUGACAUCUGCAUCCUUACCCUGGCCAUGAUGAUCGCUGGCAUCCCCACCGUGCCCGUGCCGGGCCUGCGGGAAGAGGACCUGAUCCGGGCGGCUCAGGCUUUCAUGAUGGCCCACCCAGAGCCAGAGGGGGCUGUGGAGGGGGUGCAGUGGGGGCAGGCGCAUGCCCAUGUCGCCUCUGGGCAGAUGCCCCCAGGGAGAUCCAGGAGGGGCCAGCCUCCUGGCUCCUGCUUGUAG